AACCUUGUCCCCGCCGACGCGAGGUUGAAACGCCAGCUCAAGAAUAGGCACAUUGCUAUGAUUAGGUGGGUGUUCAACUUAUCAUAUACAGGUGUGAUUGGUACCGGCCUUUUCCUCGGAACGGCAAACUCGCUUGUCGCCGGUGGUCCUGUCGGGCUGCUUCUUGGCUAUAUAGUUGUGGGUACAAUAUGCUAUAGCGUCAUGAUCUCUCUUGGCGAAAUGAUUGCCUUCCUGCCUCUACCUGGAGGCCAUAUCAGACUUGCUGAACGUUUUGUUGAUCCAGCGCUCUCGUUCACUAUGGGUUGGAAUUACUGGUACAACUGGACAAUUGUCCUGCCCGCAGAACUCAGCGCGGCCGCAGUCCUAAUCAAUUACUGGAACGAGACAGUCAACAAUGCAGCUUGGAUCAGCAUUUUCCUCGUCGUCGUCAUUGUAAUCAACCUGUUUGGUGCUGGGGCUUAUGGCGAGGCUGAAUUCAUCUUCGCCUCCAUCAAAGUUAUCACAAUCACCGGUCUCAUCAUCCUUGGCAUUGUUCUGGACCUCGGCGGGGGCCCCAACCACGACCGUAUUGGUUUCCGGUACUGGAAACACCCUGGGCCAUUUACUCAGUACUAUGGCAUCGAGGGCAACACGGGUCGUUUCCUUGCGUGGUGGGCCGUCAUGUCCCAGGCCGCCUUUUCGUUCAUUGGCACUGAGAUCGUAGCGAUCGCGGCUGGGGAAGCUAAGAACCCCCGGCGUAAUCUACCCAAAGCUAUUCGCCGGGUGUACAUUCGUAUUCUCCGGUUUUACAUUGGGGGGGUCACCAUCAUUGGACUUCUCGUGCCCUCCAAUAACCCCGAUCUCAAUCUCAAAUCCUCCACUGCCGCAAAGUCUCCCUUCGUGAUCGCAAUCAAAACCGCAGGAAUCAAAGGGCUUCCAUCGGUGAUUAAUGCCGCGUUGUUGACUUCGGCGUGUUCUGCCGCAUCUAGUGACCUCUAUACCAGCUCCCGCGCUCUCUACGGCCUUGCUAUGGUGGGCAGUGCACCAAGCGUCUUCAGGCGGACGGCUCGCAAUGGUCUUCCUUAUGUGUCCCUCCUGACUUGUGCAGCAUUCUCUACGCUUGCGUAUAUGGGUAUUAAUUCAGGUUCCGGGAACGUUUUCAAUUGGUUCGCGAAUAUGACGUCGGUCGCGGGCUUGAUGACAUGGUUUGGCAUCUGCGUAACGUACACCCGCUUCUACAGCGGAUUCAAGCUCCAAGGCCUUGACCGCAGUCAACUCCCAUACGCUUCCAAACUACAACCUUAUGCAGCGUGGUACGGCCUCGUCUCAUGCCUGGUAAUCUGCUUCUUCAGCGGAUUCGCCGUCUUCCUGAAGGGUAACUGGACGUCCGCCGACUUUGUUACAUCUUAUCUUCCUUUGGCGCUCUUCCCGAUCCUGUACGUCGGCGCCAGACUGUGGUUCAAAACUCCUCCUGUCCCUCUGCACCAGAUGGACUUCGUGAGCGGGCUGAAGGAGAUCGAGGCAGACACGUACGAUGACCCUCCGCCGAGAAACAAGGUGGAAGCGUUCUGGGCGUGGCUGAUGUGAGCUUAUUACAAUUUUAUACGGACAUGAUCGUAGUUACGUGUAAUGUACAUGGUGUAGUCGCAUAAUUUUGCGAAGGGCCUCAAGAUUCCCUUAUAUCAUGAGGAUUUUUAUGUACUGCUUGCCUAUUUAUGUACCUACGGCUUGCUCGGCUGGCGUCGUGUCCCCACUAAUGUAUUGUAGCUCAGCUACUACUUUGCAUUCC